CGGGCCCCAGGGCGACGGCGGCGCGCCCGUGGAGAAAGGGCUGCUCCGCGGCCGCUCGUCUAGUGACCUCAAAGGGAAACUGAUCAUCUGUCUCACGCUGUCACGUACUCGGGUUAUUGUCGCUGAUUACAGCUGGAAACAAUUGGUUUGCUUUUACGUAUUUGUAAGACUUGACUCUUCAAACACAAAGGUAUAUUUUUAUUAUUUGAUAUUUAAUAUGAAAAAGUAUCUUAAAUGCUAACUCCCACCCCCCACCUCCCCCCUUUCCUUUUCCCCUAUUCAGAUUCUUUCCUUUGGAAUCACUUUGUGAUGUUUGAAUAGUCAUACCUGCUUUGGGACAAAAUAUUGGGGGAGGGGGGACAGUUUUUUGGGGAAAGAAAAUCUGGGAUGUUUUUAUAGUCAGUAAUAGUAAGAAUCUUGUGUGUUUGCCUUAAAGGCCCAGGAAGGGCUAAGAUGCUGAGGGAGGAGGUGGAUAGAAUGGGUGAUGAAGUAGCAUAAAUCUAAUGUAACAAUUUAUGUUUAGUCUGUGAUGUAGAACUGUGAUACUCCAAGGCAGAAAUCUCCCAGGAGGUUUGAUGUGUGGGUUUAGAGAUGUACUUUCCCACCAAGGGUAGGCAUGAAACUGUAUCUAUAUAUAUAAAAAAAGUAAAUUGAAAUAUUUUAUAGUAUGUCCUCAUUAAUUCUUAUAUUACUUGCUAUAAAAUGAAAUUUUAUGAUUGAGGGAAACCUGAAAGUUGAUAACUUGGGUAAACCCCCAGAUUUAUAAUAGUCUAAAUUUUAGGGGGAUUUAAUUGAAUAAAAGCAUAUUUCUAGAUAGGAAUGGAUUAGAGAUUUUCUCCACAGGGACUAGUGAACUUUUUGUAGUGGGUGAGGGGAGUUGUCCUAAAGAUAAUGACAGUUAUGUAAGAUUUAAGCACUUAGUAAUAUAUAUUACCUCAAUUUAAAUCUGGCAUCUAAAGAAAUACAUAGCUGGCCAGGUGGAAUUUUUCUUUUUGCCUCUCUUAGUCAAAUAGUAGGUUGUUUAGAUGAUAAAAGGAGAGAAAAAUUUCCAAGUCUCAUUCACCAUUCUCAGUAAUCCCUGACAGAAGAGGGGAUGAGCCACACAGAUCAUCUAAACAUGCAGAUAACCUUGAAGGCUUUUUAUUUGGCUUCAAAAUACAAUGUAUGAUCCACUCCCCCCCCCCCACCGUCUUUCUAACAUCAUUCUGCUUAGGCUAAAGACACAGUUGGGCAGGGAACAGGCACUGGGGUGACAGAAGAGUCAGCCUGGGAUGAGUUAGCACGUGAAAUCAGUACACAGCACGUGUGUUGUGAAACAUUUGUCAGCAUCCUUUCCAGUGUGAGGUGAUGGCCAAGGACAGCAUAAUCUAGUCCGGAUCCAGACUCCCUCACUGAGAAAACGGAGGCAAACUGUUCUCUUUUCACUGUGUCCUGAAACAGGUCCUGGUCUCAGACAGUAAAAGAAACCCUCUCAGAAGCUACAGAGUCAUGGAGAGUAUUUCUGAGGGGGAAGAUUUUCUAAUUAUUCUGAGACCAACAAAGAAUUACUCCCGAAAAAAACCGUUUCCUUUUGACUGAUAGCUGACACUGAUCUGGUGGCCUCUUGAUUUUUGUGCCCCCCAGGUUAACAGGAAGAACAUGAGGGCCUUGGCUGAACUUGACCUUUUGGCUUUCUUGGCCUGAUGCUGAACUCCCAAGGUUGAGCCCCAUAUGGGGGUUAGCAGGCAGCAGAAAGGACCCUUUCAAGGCGUUCGUGUGAAAAACUCAGUGAAGGAACUCCUGUUGCACAUCCGAAGUCAUAAACAGAAGGCUUCUGGUCAAGCUGUGGAUGAUUCUAAGAUACAAGGUGUGAACAUAGAGCAGUUCACAGAUUUGAAGAACACAAUAUCAUAUAGUGGAAAAAGGAAAGGGCCCAAUUCGUUGUCUGAUGGAUCACCUUGCAAGAGGCCAGCUCUGUUGCAGUUUUUGACACCCCCUCAAACACCGACGCCCGGGGAGAACAUGGAAGAUGUUCAUCACAGUGAACCCAAACAAGACAGCAGUGCUGAUCUGCUUCAGAACAUUAUAAACAUUAAGAAUGAAUGCAGCCCAGUUUCCCUGAACACAGUCCAAGUUAGCUGGAUGAGCCCCAUGGUGGUCUCUCAGAGCUCCUUCCGCGAGCAGUCUCAGGACUUCCAUGGAGGGCAGGUCUUCUCUCCUCAGAAAUAUCAACCAUGCCAACUCAGCGGCUCCCUCCAAAUGAUGGACCAGGCUUCUAUGUACCAGUAUUCUCCACAGAACCAGAACAUAGAGCAGCAGCAGCACUACUCCCACAACCCCACUCUGGAAUACAGUCCUUAUUCCAGAACUUCUCAGUCCCCCAACUAUGAACCAGUGUUCUUUAAUCCUCAAGAACCACAGUUCUGCCCAAACCAAAGUUUUGUCUCCCUUCUAAGUAAUCAUGGGGAAUCUGAGAAUAUUGCUAAUUCCAUUCAGACUUCCCCCAGUGUUCAGCAGCAGAGUGAGGCUCACCUGCAGAGCUUCAGCAUGAUGCCCAGCGGUGCCUGUGAGGCCAUAGAGGGCCAUGAUGUAGCCUCCACCUCUUUAAACACUUCACUGCCCUUCCAGAAUGUCAUCGGAAAUCCAAUGAACACCACACAGUUAGGGAAAUCAUUUUUUCAGUGGCAGGUAGAACAGGAAGAAAGCAAAUUGGCAAAUAUUUCCCAAGACCAGUUCCUUUCCAAGGAUGCAGAUGGUGACACGUUCCUUCAUAUUGCUGUUGCCCAAGGGAGAAGGGCACUUUCCUAUGUUCUCGCAAGAAAGAUGAAUGCGCUUCACAUGCUGGAUAUUAAAGAGCACAAUGGACAGAGUGCCUUCCAGGUAGCAGUAGCUGCCAAUCAACAUCUCAUCGUGCAGGACCUGGUGAACCUUGGAGCCCAGGUGAACACCACAGACUGCUGGGGAAGAACACCUCUGCACGUCUGUGCUGAGAAGGGCCACUCCCAGGUGCUUCAGGCAAUUCAGAAAGGAGCAAUGAGGAGCAAUCAGUUUGUGGAUCUUGAGGCAACUAACUAUGAUGGCCUGACGCCCCUUCAUUGUGCAGUCAUGGCCCACAAUGCUGUGGUGCAUGAACUCCAGAGAAAUCAACAGCCUCAUUCACCUGAAGUUCAGGAACUUUUACUGAAGAAUAAGAGUCUGGUUGAUACCAUUAAGUGUCUGAUUCAAAUGGGAGCAACAGCGGAAGCAAAGGAUCGUAAAAGUGGCCGCACAGCCCUGCAUUUGGCAGCUGAAGAAGCAAAUCUGGAACUCAUUCGCCUCUUUUUGGAGCUGCCCAGUUGCCUGUCUUUUGUGAAUGCAAAGGCUUACAAUGGGAACACCGCCCUCCACGUUGCUGCCAGCCUGCAGUAUCGGGUGACACAGUUGGAUGCAGUCCGCCUGUUGAUGAGGAAGGGAGCAGACCCAAGUACCCGGAACUUGGAGAACGAACAGCCAGUGCAUUUGGUUCCUGAUGGCCCUGUGGGAGAACAGAUCCGACGAAUCCUGAAGGGAAAGUCCGUUCAGCAGAGAGCGCCUCCGUAUUAGCUCCACUGACCUGGAGCCUGGCCAGCAACACUCACUGUCAGUUAGGCAGUCCUGAUGUAUCUGUACAUAGACCAUUUGCCCUGUAUUGGCAAAUGUAAGUUGUUUCUAUGAAACAAACAUAUUUAGUUCACUAUUAUAUAGUGGGUUAUAUUAACAGAAAAGAAGAAAAAUAUCUAAUUUCUCUUGGCAGAUUUUCAUAUUUCAUACCCAGGUAUCUGGGAUCUAGACAUCUGAAUUUGACCUAAAUGGUAAAAUUGCCUCCAGUUAACAGUAGCUUUUGGGUUGGAAAAGACUUUGAUUUGUGGCAUCAGGCAUUGCUCAUAUAGCUAUUGCCAGUUUCAAAGUAGGUGAAUUGUAAACAAUUCUUUAAGAAAAAUGAAAGCAUUUGAAAGGAAAAAAGUGUUGAGGCUUCAUUUGACAUGAAGUGGUACCUUGUAGAGUUAUUGGUUUUGGAAAGUUUCUAGUCAUUGGACUAGAUGAAAGCUGUCCAUGGUUAAAAUUUGAUCUUUGCAAACUGUAUAUAAAUGUUAUUUUUUGUCUUUAAAAAUAUUGUACAUAUUUGGUCAUUAACAUGGCCAUAUGUGAAAUGUAUAAGUCAAUAAAAUAGAAAAGAACAGUGAAUUGUCACUCCUUUUAAAAAUUUUACACAUUUCAAGGACCUGUUAUUGUGUAAUCGCCCAACUAAAGUCUUUGUAGAUAAAGCAGAUGGGGAGUUUCCCUUAGUGGCUGAAAGAGCUACGUUUGAAUUGUAAAUAUGCUUUUUCUCACGCAUUGAAAUGAGACACGUUAUUUGUAGGGAAUUAAUUGUAUGCUCUUGAAGAGAACACCUUUUUAUGGUGUUUAUGUUUACCAUCUGGAAUUUAUAAUUUACAUGUUCUGUUGAAAUUUUUGUUUUUUACUUUUAUAGAAACAACAAAGUCAAUAUUAAAACAUGUCUUCCUGUUUUAUAAUGUCAAAUAAUGAUAAUGUGCCAUGACAUUUUAUAUUGCCAUUCAGAAAAAAAUGUUUUAUUUUUCAGUAACAUUAAUUCUAUUAACAUUAGUUUGCUAACCUCUGGCGUGCCUGAGGAACAUACUUGGCUUUGAUUGCACACUAAUUUUUUGUAUUAAAUUUGACUCAUUAAAAACCUUUUUUAAAAAUGAGAAGUCUUAUAAGCAACUGACUAUAACUUAUCAUCUUUGUAGCUAAGUACUUAAAUUCUUUUUAAAAAGAUGCCCUUUGGAUUGAUCACAUUGUUUGACCCAGUAUGUCUUGUGGACAAGUUAGUUAUUAAUCACUCUGUAUCUGUAAAUACGUUGUGAUGCAAACCAGUCCAUUCACCCUGGAAACCCUCAUGCAUGGUAUAAAAUAAACAUUAAUUCACUAAUAAUGA